AUGGCCAGAAUCAGCGAAUCAAACGAAGUGAAUCCUCUUUCUCUAAUUAAUGUCCCCAACCCACCUCAAAAUUUAAGACUUUCAAACUUUAUGGAAGUUUCAAAAAUGGCGUCUCGACACUGGAGAAAUGAGGACGAAGGAGUUAGAAAGAAUUAUAAAAAAAUUGCAAAGAAGCUUAGUACUGAAUACUCAGAAAUUCAGUCUAAUAAUUUAGAAUAUACAUUCGGUGAAGUAAUGACGCCUUCUAACUACAUUUGA